AUCGUCUUCUUCUUCAGCUCUUCACGCUUCUUCAUCUUUUCAAAGUUUUUUUCUUUUUUUUGUGCAAACUUAUUCAAGUUUCUAAACUAAGAAUUAUUGUAGAAGAACAAUCGGGUUUUGUUCCUCUUGUCUAACACAAUCUAAGGUUUGAUGGAUAAGUCACGGAUAAAGAAACCACGUUUAUCUCAAGAUUACAUAUCAGGGGUGAAAGGUUUUUUGGACUUUGCAUUUGGUACAUCAACAGCAACCAUGAUGAAAUGUCCAUGUAACUGUUGUUAUCUGUUGAAAUAUAAGUCGAGAGAAGAUAUUGAUGGUGAUUUGAUGCACUAUGGCUUUUUAAGUUCUUACACACAUUGGGUACUACACGGUGAGGAUAUAUGUGUCACAGGUAAUGCAAGAGUAGCUUAUGAUAUUGCUCCGGCUGAAGUAGAUUCAACUUCGACUCUCUUAAAUGAUCUUUUUCCAGAUAGUACUACAAAUAUUGAUGGUGGAUAUGAACCUGGAUCUUCUGAGCAACCUAUGGACACUGAUAUACCAUCAACUUCAAGUGGAAAUUGUGAAAAAGGAGAAGGUUUUGAUGAGUUGCUUGCUGACUUUAAUCAAGAGCUAUAUGCAGGAUGCACUAAGUUCACAAAGUUGUCUUUUAUAUUGAAGCUUUACCAUAUCAAAUGUAUGUGUGGAAUUACCGACAAGGGGAUAUCUUUGGUGCUUGAUUUGCUGAAAGAAGCAUUUACACAUGCCAAAUUGCCAACUUCAUUUAGUGACAUGAAAAGGGUUAUUCGCAAAUUAGGAUUGAACUAUGAGUCAAUUCAUGCAUGUCCAAAUGAUUGCAUGUUGUUUUGGGGGGAAGAUGCAGAAAGGAACAUCUGCAAAGUUUGUAAAGCAUCUCGUUGGAAAGAAAAGAUUAAGACAAAGAGUACAGGAUCUGCUGGGUCUGCAACACUUGAUGGGUCUGCAACACCUGACGGGUCUGCAACACCUGCUGGGUCUGCAACAUCUACUGGAUCUGCAGGAUCAAAGAAGAGAAAAAGUAAAGCUCCUGCAAAGGUUUUGCGUUAUUUUCCUCUAAAGCCACAACUACAACGUUUAUUCAUGUCAUCAAAAACUGCUACCCACAUGAGAUGGCAUGCAACAGCUAGUAACAAUGAUGGUAAGCUUCGACAUCCAAGAGACGGAGAGGCUUGGAAGGCAUUUGAUCAAAGAUAUCCUGAAUUUGCAUCUGAUCCAAGAAAUGUCAGACUAGGUUUGGCGACUGAUGGUUUUAACCCCUUUGGUACAAUGAGUGUUAGUUAUAGCAUAUGGCCAGUGAUAUUAUUUCCUUAUAAUUUUCCUCCAUGGAUGUCAAUGAAGCAAACAUCAAUGAUUCUCUCUAUGGUUAUCCCUGGAAAGCACAUGCCUGGUAAUGAUAUUGAUGUCUACUUGCAACCACUUAUAAAAGAGUUGAAGGAAUUGUGGUCUGUUGGGGUUAAGACGCAAGAUGCUUCCACAAACCAAACAUUUAACAUGCGAGCAGCUAUCAUGUGGACAAUUAGUGAUUUUCCUGGUCUUGGAAAUUUGUCGGGUUGGAAUACAUAUACUACAUCAGCUUGUCCAAACUGCAAUUUUGAUGCCACUGGACAACGUUUACAGCAUGGGAAAAAAAACUGUUUUAUGGGUCAUCGUCGGUUUCUUCCUCAAGAUCAUAACUUUCGUCAAAAUAAAAAUAAUUUUGACGGAAAGAUAGAAACCAGAUCUCCACCAGUUAUAUUGACAGGUACUGCAAUUAUUCAUCAACUAGAACAAGUUAAUGUCACUCUAGGUAAGAACCAUGGUUUACUUAGAGUUGGAAAGAAAAGAGGUCGAAGUGGUACUGCUACAGGAAGUAGUACUCAGCAAUGGAAAAAAAAAAGUAUAUUUUUCGAGUUGUCUUAUUGGGAAUUCAUUAAGCUGCAGCAUAACUUAGAUGUCAUGCACAUAGAGAGGAAUGUGUUUGACAAUCUAGUUUACACAUUUUUGGAUGACAAAAAAAAAUCGAAAGAUAAUCUGAGUGCUAGAAAAGAUCUCUGUGAGCUAGGUAUACGUUCUGAGUUGUGGCCUGAUGAUAAUGGGAAGUAUAAAGCAGGAAGUUACACUUUGGAAAAUGAGGGGAAAGACAUUUUUUUAAGUGUCUUAAAGAAUGUAAAAUUCCCUGACGGUUAUGCUUCUAAUUUAUCAAGUUGUGCUGAUGUUAAUGGUCGAAAGCUAUCAGGCUUAAAAAGCCAUGACUGUCAUGUGAUAAUGAGAGACUUAUUGAUAGUCGCAAUUCAGAAUCUGCUACCAGCUGAUGUUACAUCAGCCGUUCUCGAGCUUUGUCAUUUUUUCAGAGAUAUAUCUGCAAGGGUUCUUGAUGUCGAUGAGCUUGAUAAAUUACAAGACCGUAUUGUACUGGCUUUAUGUCGUAUGGAGAUGCUUUUUCCUCCAUCAUUUUUAACAGUGAUGGUACAUUUAGUAGUACAUCUUACAGAAGAAGCAAAACUUGGUGGACCAGUUCCAUAUCGCUGGAUGUAUCCGAUUGAGAGGACUCUAGGGCACUUCAAAUCAUAUGUUCGGAAUCGCGCUAAACCUGAAGGUUCUAUAUGUGAGCAAUAUUUAGCUGAUGAGUGUAUAACGUUUUGCUCCAUGUAUCUCAAUGAUAUAGAGACUCGAUUUACUCGAUAUGGACGUGUUGAUGAUCGACCUCUACCUCAUACUAGUAUAAGACCGAAUUCAGAACUUCCAUUAAUUUUUCCAAACCUUGGAAGAUUUGUUGGAGCUGGUCAGGUUUAUACUCUUACUCAUGUAGACUGGCAGCAAGCACAUCGACAUAUAUUGGUCAAUUGUAAACUACUUGAUCACUUACGAGAGAUGUAUAAAAGUGAGCUGUGGAGUAAACCAUCUCAUCAGAGCAAGAGGAAUCGUGCUAUUGACAUUGACAGAGAAAUGCAUCUUAAUUUUGCAAAAUGGAUCAAACAGAAAGUAGAGGUAAAUGAUUUUGACGAGAUAACCGAUGAUUUACGAUGCUUAGCUUUGGGUCCAUCUGAAUAAGUUGUGAAGUAUACUGGUUACAAUGUCAAUGGUUUAAAAUUCCGGACCAUAGAAAGAGAUGUUGACCUGAAAACCCAGAAUAGUGGUGUUUAUUUAGCGGCUGAGACUAUGAGCUAUGCCAGCUCUCGUGAUCCUAACCCAAUAACAGGAACAGUAGCUUAUUAUGGAAAUCUGGUUGAAGUUAUAGAGUUAAACUACUAUGAAGUUUUCAAAGUUGUUCUGUUCAAGUGCAAAUGGGCUGAUACUCGUACAGAGCGAGGAUAUAAAAUGGAUGCAUAUGAUCAUCCUAUGGUGAAUUUUUCACGUUUGUUACAUACGGGAGAUAAAGAAGAGGAUGAGCCAUACAUAUUGGCUUCUCAAGCAAAGAUGGUGUAUUAUGUACUUCAUCCUUGCCAAGAAGAUUGGAAUAUUGCAGUUCAUGUUCAGCCUAGAGAUGUUUAUGAUAUGGGCGAUUUAGAUGAUGAUGCUUAAGCAAACUUUUGUUUUAAUUUUCCUAA